UGCAGAUAAAAAGGAACAAAUAAAGCCAAGGGCUCUAUCAGGACCAAAUUGCUGAGCCCGUCACCUGUUCCAGGAGCCGAACCAGAAAUGUCGUCCUCAGGCGUGCCAGAUGUACCUGCCCCACUCACCAAUUUGACAUAUAAAUAUACGAAGAUUUUCAUAAACAAUGAGUGGCAUAAUUCAGUGAGUGGCAAGAAAUUUCCUGUCUUUAAUCCUGCAACGGAGGAGAAACUCUGUGACGUUGAAGAAGGAGAGAAGGUGGGUUUCCCAGCGCUUGUGCUAGCUCUCCUUGUUCCCCCCAUGCUGAGCUCCCACACCCACCACAGCUGGAAGGCAGUCAAGGAAAUAUCUCUUCUUCAACGUGAGUAUCUCUUUGCAGUGGACAAUGCUGUCGAAUUUGCACACCAUGGCUUAUUCUACCACCAAGGCCAGUGUUGUGUAGCCGCAUCCAGGCUUUUCGUGGAAGAAUCGAUUUACGAUGAGUUUGUUCGAAGGAGUGUUGAACGGGCUAAAAAGUAUGUCCUUGGAAAUCCUCUGACCCCAGGAGUCACACAAGGCCCUCAGAUUGAUAAGGAACAGUAUGAAAAAAUACUUGACCUCAUUGAGAGUGGGAAGAAAGAAGGGGCCAAAGUGGAGUGUGGCGGAGGUCCGUGGGGAAAUAAAGGCUACUUCAUCCAGCCCACGGUCUUCUCUAAUGUUACAGACGACAUGCGCAUUGCCAAAGAAGAGAUAUUUGGACCGGUGCAGCAAAUCAUGAAGUUUAAAUCUUUAGAUGAGGUGAUCAAGAGAGCAAAUAAUACUGUUUAUGGGUUAUCAGCAGGAAUCUUUACCACAGAUCUCGAUAAAGCCAUAACGGUCUCCUCCGCUCUGCAGGCUGGGACAGUGUGGGUGAAUUGUUAUAGCGCGGUAUCUGCCCAGUGCCCCUUCGGUGGAUUCAAGAUGUCUGGAAAUGGAAGAGAAAUGGGAGAAUAUGGUCUCCACGAAUACAUAGAAGUCAAGACGGUCACAAUGAAAAUUUCUCAGAAGAACUCAUGAACCACAAGAAUGGAGCGAAGAAUCCUCAAUGACUAAGCAUCUCCUACCGUCGCUAAUAUAUUGUAGUGGGGUUUAAAUACAAAAUUGUUCUUAAUUUUUUUAAACAUAAGCUAAUCAUAUAAGCAUUAAAACUACACAUAGAAAACGUGACAUGUAGCUUUUUCUGAAAGAAUGCUUCAUCUUCUGAUAUGUGACCCCCAAGUCCUAUCUGUAAAGAAAAGGAUGGGUCUGAUGUCACAUCUCUCCAAGCUCCGUAAUAGUGAUGUGCUUCUCCUUGUAGCUACUCGUCCAGGAUAACCAUGUUAUAGAAAAGGACCAGUUGUCAUGUAGCUUCUUUCUCUACCAACCCCUUGAAGUCCUAACACACCUUUGAACUGCACAGUAGAUGUGUUCUGUUCCCAGUAGUUGUGAAGUCAUUGGAGUUUGUUGAAAUGUUUCCUACAGUGUUAUGUCUGCUUGUCAAAUGAAGUAAUGCCUGAAAUACUUAGCUGUAAUCUAAACAUAAAACUUAAUAAAAAUUAACCUUGCAUGA